AUGUCUGACGCACAAGCAAAGCAAAAAGUCCAGAAAUGGAUCAAAGAAAAGCCCAUUUUCAUAGCUGCCAAGUCAUGGUGUCCUCAUUGUGCACAGGCAGAGAAGACAAUUGAUCAUAUUACAAAGGAUGCAUUUGUUGUGGAUAUGGAUUUGGAAGACGAUGGUGAUGCUAUUCAAGAGGCCGUGACUGAAUUAACUGGACAGAAAACCAUUCCAAACAUUUUUAUUGGCGGAGAGCAUAUUGGAGGAAACGAUGAUUUGCAGAAAUUGAAAAGAGAGGGCAAGUUGCAAGAGAAGAUCGAUGCUGCAUUGAAGUAA